CAUUUCAGAGAAAAUCAGAGCCAUUGGGCGUUUCAGGGAUCCGUUUCUGAGCGAGAAAAAAGCGAGGUUCCUCUUCUAGGGUUGCUUCAUUUUCUUCUCCAUUGUUGGAAUUUUGCUUUGAUUUGUUCUGCUCCAAGUUCCAUCUCCCAUGGCGCUCUCUGAUAGACCCUCUCGUCAAUCUCUGAUCCCCAGCUUCCUUUAUUCUUCACCUUCUUCCACUCGCACUCUGCCUAUUAAGAAGAUGCUUCAGUCUUCAUCCACUUUUGAUGCGGUUUCCUCUUCUCCUAAGACCUUUGUUAUUCCUGCCCCGAGUGAGCCGUCUAAGAAGAUUGAGUUGUACUCGCCGGCGUUCUACGCUGCUUGUACUUUUGGUGGGAUUCUCAGCUGUGGUCUCACGCAUAUGACUGUUACUCCUCUCGAUUUGGUUAAAUGCAAUAUGCAGAUCGACCCUGCGAAAUACAAAAGCAUUUCGUCUGGUUUUGGAAUUUUGCUUAAGGAGCAGGGUGUGAGGGGUUUCUUUAGGGGUUGGGUGCCUACCCUUCUUGGCUACAGUGCUCAGGGUGCUUGCAAGUUUGGUUUCUACGAGUUCUUUAAGAAGUAUUACACUGAUAUUGCUGGACCUGAGUACGCUGCUAAGUACAAGACCUUGAUCUACCUUGCUGGCUCUGCAUCGGCUGAGGUGAUUGCUGAUGUUGCACUUUGCCCUUUCGAAGCAGUCAAGGUUCGGGUUCAAACUCAGCCUGGAUUUGCUAGAGGGCUAGCGGAUGGACUUCCCAAGUUUGUCAAAUCUGAAGGAACUCUAGGGUUGUACAAGGGUAUUGUUCCACUCUGGGGUCGCCAGAUUCCAUACACAAUGAUGAAGUUUGCUUCCUUCGAGACAAUUGUCGAGAUGAUAUACAAGUAUGCCGUUCCCGCACCAAAGGACCAGUGCAGCAAAUCUCUCCAGCUUGGUAUUAGUUUUGCUGGUGGAUAUGUGGCUGGUGUUUUCUGUGCUAUUGUGUCUCAUCCUGCUGAUAAUCUCGUGUCUUUCCUCAACAAUGCCAAAGGAGCAACUGUUGGAGACGCUGUCAAGAAGCUCGGAUUAUGGGGUCUCUUCACUCGUGGUCUACCCCUCCGUAUCGUCAUGAUUGGAACUCUUACUGGUGCUCAAUGGGGCAUUUACGAUGCAUUCAAAGUGUUCGUUGGACUGCCUACUACUGGUGGUGUUGCUCCUGCUGCCCCCACACCUUCUGCUUCUGAGCUUGCAAAUGCGUGAGAUUGAUGCUCGAUCCAUCGAUCAUCCGGAGUUUUGUUGUUUUUACGAGUUGGGGAGAAACCUCUCCAUAGAAUUGAAUAAACAUAACCUUAGAAUGAUGAUAUGCUUAUAGUCGUCGAAGCCAGAAGAAUUUCUUCAUAGAAUGGAUGAUGGACGCUUUUCCAUUCGGUAUCGGUUUCCUUUUUUUUUCCUCGGAAUUCAUUGAAUUUGUUGGGGAUGGUUUUGAUCUCAUCCUUAGCUUGGAAUACUUGUUUGUAGUAGUUCAUAAUUCAGAUAGAGAUUUGCAGUUUGAUGGUUUAAGAACCAUGAGCAUAUGAUAUGAGGAUGUAUUUUGUACCCAUGUCAGGAACAAACUUUCUGCCAAAUAAACUGACAGAUGAAGGGUAAUCAAAGAUUUGGCCCAGUUUUCAUUUCA